AGGCUUCUGUCGCUACUUGAACGAUUAGAGCUGCCGGAUGAGCGCAUUUGCUGGGGCACUUCAAGCCCGGUAGAUGCGACAUUUUCUGCUGUACAAUUUUCAUGAAGAUUAAAUGGACACACUUGCAGUAUUUUGUAUUGUCUCUGUGGCUUUUACAGGUUUAACAAUAGGAUCCGGGGUGUUGCCGGACGGGCCUCUGCCUGCAGCCGUGGGUGGCUCGGUGAGGUUCGAGACCGCGGUGACUCCCACAGCAACACCGUUCUUGGUGGUGACCUGGACGUUUAUCGACGACACGAAGGAAACUCCCAUAAUAACGGCCACGUCUAAAAACAUAACUAGCCCAGAGUUUGACGGCAGGAUCACCCUCUUCAUACAGACCGGGUCUCUGGAGCUCAGUAAGCUGACUCGGAGCGAUAACGGAAAAUACAGAGUUGGCAUUGUAACGGAUGGCGGCAACCAAAUCACAGGAUCCACCACACUACAGACAUUUGUUCCAGUCUCCAAUGUAAUGUUAACGGCCAACGCCACAGACCUUGUGGAGUUCAACAACACCGUCCGUCUGUCCUGCUUUUCCUCGGGAUCGUCCCUCUCCUUCCAGUGGCUGAACGGCAGCGCCGAGAUCUCGGCCGGCGACAGAGUUCAAAUCACCGACGGAGGCGCCACGCUCACCGUCACCCCUGUGACGCGCUUCGACCACGGGCUGUUCAGAUGUCGGGUGUCCAAUGCUGUCAGCGGAGGCACCAGCGAUUCGGUGCGUCUUUCCGUCAGCUACGGCCCGGAUGAUACAUAUCUCAAGGUGUCGCCAUCGCAAGACUACAUCGCUGAAGGGUCGAACGUCGUCCUUUCCUGCUCCGCCGCCUCCAGACCGCAGGCCCUUUUUACUUGGUUUGUGGAUGGGAAGGAACUGCCAAGCGUCGGAUCAAUUCUCUCGCUGAUGAACAUUCAGCAGAGUCAGAGUGGAAACUACAGCUGCCAGUCCUUGAACAACAGGACUCUGAGACGUAAAAGAUCUCAGCCUUCGGUGAUAAAAGUGCUAAUUCCAGUCUCCAAUGUAAUGUUAACGGCCAACGCCACAGACCUUGUGGAGUUGAACAACACCGUCCGUCUGUCCUGCUUGUCCUCGGGAUCGUCCCUCUCCUUCCAGUGGCUGAACGGCAGCGCAGAGAUCUCGGCCGACGACAGAGUUCAAAUCACCGGCGGAGGCGCCACGCUCACCAUCACCCCUGUGACCCGCUACGACCACGGGCUGUUCAUAUGUCGGGUGUCCAAUGCUGUCAGCGAAGGCACCAGCGAUUCGGUGCGUCUUUCCGUCAGCUAUGGGCCAGACCCUGUCCAAAUCACGGGACCGAGCCAAAUAAAUGCGAAGCAGACUUUAACAUUAACUUGCUUUGCCGCGUCUUUCCCAUCUGCCACUUACACAUGGAUGCUACUGAACCACGUAGCAGAGCUACACAAUUCUUCAACGUUCAUCAAAAGCAACAUCGACCUUUCCGAUAGCGGAAGCUACAUCUGUAGAGCAUCAAAUAAUAUAACUGGGAAAAACAUGUCUGCGGUCCACACACUGACUGUAACAGUUGAAACAGUUACUACAUGUACGGCCGGUUGCAUCGCUGGCAUCGUAGUGGCGUGUUUAGUCAUCUGUGCAGCAGCUACCGGUGGAGGAUACUACAUUUAUCAUAAACGGAAACAGUCAAAGAAUGGCCCCAACAGAAACACCUCUAUCAGGACAGGAGGCAAAGGCCAGGACAACACAGCAGAAACAAAACAUCAGGAGCUGAACUAUGCAGAUCUGACAAUUAUCCACACCAAGGACAGCGGGACGGUCCAUCUGGAUCUUCAGGAUGACCAGACAGAAUACGCCAAGGUCCGAGUGAACAAUGGGCCUCCUUCCUACGACACCCACAUGGGGCGGAUGAAGAGGCGAGCCCCUCAGCCGCAAGAUGCUCAAGGAGGCCAAGUCUGCGCUGAGGUUCACAGCAACUACACAUUCAAUGGGAGCACGCUCACCUGGACGCCGGAUGGACUGCUCCAGUCGGUUUCGCUGCAGUGCACCGUACAAGAAAAUACAGGAGACUCCAGCGCCAUGAGGAUCAUUGUGGAAAUUGAAAAUCCAGUGGCAGUAAAAAUCAGUCCACUCGGUGCUGUCCCGUCUCUGAACCAGUCCGUAGAGCUCGUCUGUCACGUUGAUGGACCCCCGCCUCCCACCCCAUCCAGGGAGCCGGUGGACUGGUACAAAGAUGGACAGAAAGUGGUCUGGCGCGACCAUAUGCACUUGCUCCACAACACCACUCUCCGUUUUGACUCGCUGGUACCAUCUGAUGGCGGAUUCUACCAGUGUGAGAUUAUGAUGAGCAAUAGACACGUUUUGAGUCUGGGCUACCUGCUAAAUGUUGAUACUCCGUGGAACGUCAGCAUCAGUGGUCCCGAUGCCGUGCUCCCGGGACGACUGAGCAUGUUCACCUGCUUAAUGACGUGUACCUUGGACGUGGACUGCACCGUGAGGUGGCCGUUCGAGGGCGGCUUCCCCCUGGGAAGCUACAUUUCCGUGCAUCGAAACAAACUCUCGUGGAUCCCAAUCCCACCAAGAUGGUGGAAGUUAAAGGUGGUCAAGGACAGACAUGGCCGCUGGUGGAAUUUCAAUCGCUUUACUGAGCAACUGCUACGAAAAGAAACACUUUCAUUCAAGAACAUUCACGAGCUGCGGGUGGCCACAAAUCAACUCGGAAUUCUAUUUUCUGGCGCCAUCCAGGUCCGGCCGUCCUCCAACCCCGCCGCGGUCGGGGACACCCUGACGCUGUCCCUCUCACCGGCUGCCGAUCUGAGGGGGGGAAGCUGGGCGGUGGGCGACUCCCUUAUCAUCACCUGGCUUGGGGACCAGCAAGCAGUUUUCCCCAACCACAGCGGCAGGGCGUCGGUGAACGUCCGCACGGCCGCCCUCACCCUCAUCUCGCUCACCCUGGAGGACUCGGGAGUGUACGUGGUGCAGAGCAGCGAUCCCCUGCUUAUGGCCAAUGCCUCUGUCACUGUUCUGGAGCCCGUUUCAAAUGUGACGCUAGGGUCGAAUCAAAGUCACCUGAUGGAGUCUGCCCCGGCGGUCGUCACGUGCUACGUCUCCUCGGGAUCCUCGCCCUCUUUCCUGUGGUUCAAUGGCAGCUCGGAGGUGAUGGCCGACGAAAGGGUCGUGUUCUCCGACGGAAAUUCAACUCUGUCCGUACAUAACAUGAGCCGCUACGACCGCGGCCCAUUCAGGUGCUUUGCGUUCAACCCCGUCAGCAACGCCACCAGCGACCCAUUGACCUUCACCGUCAACUACGGCCCGGACAACAUGGCUCUCACGGUCAAUGGGCAGCACGCCACUUCUUUUCUGAGCGGAACCAACCUGACCGCGUUGUGCUCAGCCCAGUCCGGUCCUCCGGCCCUGCUUCGCUGGGCUUUCAAGGGCCGGUUUCUAAACGUCACAGGCCCGUCAUUAGGACUGGUCAACGUCAACCAGGACCACAGUGGACCUUAUUCUUGUCUGGCCUUCAACAAGGAAACCAACAGGAGGAGCAACAUCACCAAAGACAUCCUCAUAAGUAAGUCCCACACGCCAUCAUUGCAACAGCACGGAUUUCACGUGGGGAUCCUUUACAUGAUGCCGUGGCUUGGAUUGCUCCUGUCCAUACUCUCUCAAGGGAUGUUGCUUGAACUCAAAGGUCCUUAUGUUAGGUUGAAGUUGAAUGGAAAGCAUCAAUGCUGUCUCCCACUCUCGCGACUGGAGGAUGGAAAGUUGCUGGACAAGAAAAGAGAUCAUGUGCGGGCUCAGGGUAUACAAGCCUCGGAGAAUCCAAUACCCGUGGGGAAGAAUGUUACCCUUUUCAGCGAGAACCAAGUCACCACGGGCGCGUGGCUCUUUAACAACCAGCUAGUGGUCAUCAUAUUCCCCGGAGGUGUGGUCAUCGCUGCCAACUUGAUGGGCAGGGUGGUGUUCAAUUCCACCACCUCGGCAUUGACCGUGAUGUCGCUCAGGCUAGGAGAUUCUGGGACGUACACGCUCCAGGAUGUGGGUUCCUCCGCUUCCCAGUUAGUGCUGUCGGUUCAAGAGCCCAUUUCAGGCGUGACCAUGACCGCGAACGGCACAGACCUGGUGGAGUUUAAUGACACGGUAACGCUCACCUGCGCCGUGGUCACGGGCACUUCCCUGUCCUUCACGUGGCUCAACGACACCGCCAAGGUGACGCCCGGCGAAUACGUCCAUAUCAGCGACGAUGGUUCCCAGCUCACCAUCGCCAAAGUGAAGCGCUACGAUGAGGGCCCCAUCAAGUGUAACGUGACCAAUGGCAUCAGCCAGGGAAUCAGUUCAUCUGUACUAUUCAACAUCAGCUAUGGACCCACAGCUGCCGCCGUGUCAGUCGUGCCCCCUAUGCACACCCACAUCACGGGUUCAAACAUCACCCUCUCGUGCUUGGCCGAGUCCAAGCCCCCGGCAACGAUCCAGUGGAUGUUGGACGGGGUGAACCUCAACCACUUCGGGGUGCAGCUUGAACUACUAAUGGUUGCUGAGAACCAUUCGGGGGACUACCAGUGUCUCCUCCACAACUCUGUGACAUCCAGGUUCAGCAGCACGAGCGCAAUGAUCAGGAUCAUGGCGCCGAUUACAGCAGUGAUGGUGAACCACACAGGAGGAGUGGCAGUGGCUCAGGAGCCCUUCACCCUCAACUGUCAGGUGAACGGAGAGGCGGAAACCAUCCAGUGGUGGAUGAACGACGACCUGGUGUCUGCUGACAACACCACAAUAUUUGAUGCAGACAACCGAACACUGACUUUGAACCCAGCCCAGCCCUCCGAUGCCGGCCAGUAUAAGUGUCAGGCUUUCAACGCCGUGAGCAACCUGACUAGCAGCCCCUACAUCCUGGAGGUCUACUACGGGCCAAACACGCCGGUGAUCACGGCACCCUCCGUGGCCCUGAUUGGAAACCAGGUUCUCCUCAAUUGCUCCAGCCUCUCCCAUCCUCCGAGCAUGUACAGCUGGCGCUUCAACGAAACUGAGGUGGCCAACACAGCCGAGUACCUGGCAGGACCGUUGGCAUUCAACAUGAACGGAACGUACACCUGCAUCGCCUUCAACAAUGUCACCGGGAGAAACAGCACAGCGUACCACAUGCUCAUUAUUUUGGCUCCGGUGAGCAUGGCCUCCAUAACAGCGGCUGGUGCACAUCCAAUCCUGAACAACACCUUCAGCCUCACCUGCGAGACCGAAGGAAAUGUGGAGUCCAUCACCUGGCAGCAAAACGGAGCCCCACUGUAUGAAGACGGCACCACAAGCCUUUCCUUGAAUAACGACACCCUCACCUUUGAGCCCGUGUUGAUGUCCCACAACGGGAAUUUUACGUGUGAAGCUUCUAACCCUCUCAGCAGCUUGACCAGUGAAAAUUAUACCCUCAACGUCAUAUAUGGACCCGGAGUGCCAAACGUCACCUUACCCAUUGUGACGCUGGAGGGAAGCAGCGUCACACUCAGCUGCAGUGCUUUGUCGUACCCCUCCAGCCAGUACAUGUGGUUCUUCAACGGCACCCCCGUGGCCAACACCUCCGUAUACAUAACACCUGCUCUCAACACAAACAUGAGUGGGACAUACACUUGCGAGGCCCGCAACACCAUUACCGGCAACAACAGCUCCGCCGACACCAUGCUGACUGUUCUCGAGAAAAUCAAAUAUGUACACAUAGAGGUGCCUGUGCAUCCUCCCGUGGAAGGAUAUUCCUACAUGAUGAUGUGCAACGUGUCCGGCCCUGCUGACCAAGUGGCAUGGCGAGUAAACGGACAGCCUUUGAUCACGGACGACAGGAUCGCGAUGUCCGUGGAUAACCGGACUGUCACCUUCAACGAGCUGCACCGUAAUGAUUCUGGACUGUACCAUUGCUGGGCUAUUAAUCUGGCUCAACACAUGCUAAGCCCUCCUCACAUGCUCCUUGUAAACUUUGGACCAGAAACGCCCAUGAUUUAUGGUCCGUCGAUGGCUGUGGAGGGACAGUCGGUAAACUUCAGCUGCUCCGCAGUGUCGCUGCCCGACAGUCACUUCACCUGGUGGCACAACGACACGAAGGUAGCCAACAGCUCCCUCUUUGUGUCAGCCCCUUUGACACUAAACAUGAGUGGAAAGUACACUUGCAUGGCCCGCAAUCCCGUGUCGGGAAUGAAUAGCACCAGCGUCCUGAUGCUCCAGGUCCUUGAGGCCAUCAAGUCGGUGAUGUUGGAAAACAAUACGAUUCCCAUCGAUGGCGACAACUUCACGCUCACCUGUGAGGUGGACGGGCAUUACACAUCCAUCCAAUGGAGGAAAGGCGGGAUGCAUCUCACAGCAAACUGGUCCACCACCAAUCACUCCCACUACUACAUACGAGAGAACAGGCUUCACUUCUUACCCUUGACGCGCGCAGACGACGGCAUGUAUGUGUGCGUCGCCAGCAAUCCAGUCGGUCUUCACGAAAGCCCCCCGUAUGAUCUCCUGGUCAACUACGGGCCUCUCAGCGUGACUAUCUCAGGUCCGGACUUUGCUAAAGAAGACCUCACCAUUUCCAUCACGUGCGUUGCCGAUUCUCGGCCGGAAAGCGAGUACCAGUGGUUUAUGAAUGACAUGCCUUCGUCAGCCUUCGCCUCCGGCAGUAUCAUCCAAAUCCCGCUGCUGGAGUCCAACUACACGUGCAAGGCAAGGAACCCUGUGACCAACAUCACUAUGUCUAAGACCAAGUCCCUUGGCCUCAUUGGUUCCGCUUCUGCCCUCCAUUCACAACCCCAUAAAUUCCUUGUAAUCAUAAAUGUUUUUAUCAUGUCCGUCCCAGUUUUCGUCCACUGAAUGGCUCCAAAUCAUCUGUAAUUUUGUAGUUAAUAAAAAAUGUGAGGGCAAGGUGUCCUGCAGUCAGUAAGUUUUGUUUGUUUGAAAAGGCACAUUUGUAACAAUCUGAUAUUCUUAAUUGUAAUUUUUACUGACAGCACGUUGUGAUUAUUGCUGUCACUGCACUGGAACACACUUGUAGUCCUUUCAAAGUGGCUCCAUUAUUUCCCUUGCUAAAAAUCAACUUUUGCACUUUUCCACAGUCACGUUAGAUCAAACUGUAUGAAAUGUAUACAAAUUUUUAUCAUGCAUUGAUUUGCCGUAUUUAUUUCUAAAUCAAUAAAACUUGUAAGACUG